AUGGCUAUUGAAAAUACCUUAGGAAAUAGCCAAAUUGACCAAAAUUUUGAAGAUAAUCAGGAAAAUAGUGCAACUGGACUUGUAAUGACAAGUUUACCCCCAGAGAGAUAUAGAAGGAGCACUUUUGUAUUUGUAUUUAUAUUAUGUCUUAUUAUCCUGGCCAUGAAUAUUGAAAAUAGCUUUGAAAAAUAUAAGUCUGCAAUUAAUAGCAAUACUUAUUCUUCUUCUCUUCCUUAUUUUGGUGAAUUCAGGUUAUUCUAUCUUACAAAUAAUUAUUUAGAAGAAUUUGUUUCUAAUAAUACAAAAUACGCAGUUAAUAAAUACUUCUCUUUAUCUCCUAAUUCUACUAUAAGUACUGAUUUCCAAUCUUUGACGAAUGGAGAGCUACCUGUAAGGGGUCCUGCAAAAUGGCAAUUUGAUUGGAGUAAAUCAGAUUAUAAAUCAUCCAAUGCUUGGCUUUCACUGAAGAUAUUUUGGCAAUAUAAAGAUAGAGAAGUAUAUUGGAAUCUUGAAGGAUCAAUUUCAUCAGAUAACUUGACCCAUAACUUAGCUGGAACAAUUGAAUAUCCAUUUCAGAUAUCAAUGGAACUGAAAAAUAAUAUAGAUUGUCCAAUAUACACUAGUAUUGAGACACAAGAUCAAUUAAUAAGUGUUAUUUUCCCAAUAAAAAAUAAAGAUAACUCAAGCUUUAGAGGGACAUCUUAUAAAUCUAAAGUAUUAUCUGAACAUAGUAAUUAUAGAAUAUAUUCACCAAAAUGUAAUCUUGAAAUAGUAGUAACUGGGAAACCAUUCCCAAUGGGGAAUUUUAGAUUCAAUAUUGUACAUUUUUCUUUCAUGUAUAAUUUAAAGGUAUUAUUGGAAAUUCGUGGAGGCAUUGUUCAGAUUGUUUAUACAAGCUCUUUAUUUAGUGGUGGAGGAUCAAUUAAUGAAGUUUGUUUAAGUAGUUUGAUAUUGCAGAUGGUUUUAGAUUUUUUUGAAUGCUUCUUCCUAUUCUAUUGUACCUUAUCAGCCUCAUCUUUACUGGUUUCAUCAUUUGCUUUGAUGAUUAUCUUUAAAUGGAUACAUAUUACACUUGUACAAGCAAGAUAUAUUUUAUGGAUAUGGAGGAAUAAUUAUCUUGGGAAUACAGAUAAUACGGAUAUAACAUCACUAAUUUCUCAGUUCUCUCAAAAACUUUAUUUUUCUUUACUCUCAUGUAUUAUUCUUUUCAUUGGUUUAUUUAAAAUUUGUGAUUCUGGGAACUAUGAUCCAACUAGUUAUACUAAAUAUAACAUUAUUAAAUCAAUUCCUUAUCAUAUUUACUCCUUUCUAUUUUUCUUUUUUAUCCCUCAGAUUUUCUAUGAUAUGAUACAUGGUCUUAAUUCAUCAUCUAAUUCUAAUUCACUCCCUCUUCAUCCACAAUAUGUUUUCUCUUGUAUAAUUGGGAAGUCAUUUAUUCCGAUCUAUAUAUGGGGAUAUAAACACUCAAUUUUUGAUACACCAAUAAUACAACAAUACUUAAGUAAUAUUCCAAUUUUACUCAAGAAUAUACCUUCACUAGCCCUCCAAAUUUUUGUUAUAUUAUUUACUCAGAUGGCAAUGUUCUUUUUACAACAUUGGUUUGGACGAAAGUGCUUAAUACCAAAGAUUCUAAGACCAAAACCUUACAACUACUUUAGAAUUAAAAAUAUCGAUUAUUUAGGAAGUGAAGAAGAACAGUGCUCAGAAUAUAAAGAAGAAAUAGAUCUUAUUAGUAAUUCAGUUUCUAAUAAUGAAGAUAUAACUACAAAUAAUAACAAUCAAACUUCCAAUUUACUUGGAGAUAUUGAACUUACAGAAUACAGUAAACAAAAAAGAAUCUUUAAAAAACCUUGUGUUAUAUGUAUGACAAAUAUUACAGUACUUAACGAUAAUGAAGAUGAACUUUGCGCUGUUUGUACUCCAUGUGAUCAUGUGUUUCAUCAGAAGUGUCUUAAACAGUGGAUGACUAUUAAAUUAGAAUGCCCAACAUGUAGAAGUUCUAUUCCACCUUUUGAAUCAUAUUAG